AGCGAGCGGAGAGCAGACACAGCACGAAUCUAACAACUUCAAUCGCAGACUUUGCCUCGAUCAAGCUGCAUUUACUGCAUAUUCCGAGUGAAGAAUGGUGCUCAUGUCUGUCUGUGCUCAUGGGUAAACUCUCCCUCUCAGUGGUGAACACGGGGACGUCUCUGGUGUUGUCCAGUCUCUUGUCUGUGCUGGUGUUUGCGGGGAUGCAGAUGUUUAGCAGACAGCUGGGCUCCUCGGAGUGGCUGACCAUCCUGGGCGGCUUCCUGGGCUCCGUGCUCUUCGUUUGCUCCCUCACUGCCUUCAACAACCUGGAGAACCUCGUCUUUGGUAAAGGCUUCCAGGCAAAGAUCUUCCCAGAGAUUCUUUUGUGCCUGUGUCUGUCCAUGUUCGCCUCAGGUUUGGUGCAUCGCGUGUGUGUCACCACGUGUCUGAUAUUCUCACUCUUCGCCCUCUACUACAUCAACAAAGUGUCUGCAGCCCUCUACCAAGCGGCCGUUCCUUUGGCAACUCCUGCCAAAACCACCAGCAAGGGCAAGAGGAAGAACUGAAUUUCUGAGCGGCCCGUGUAACACCGUGUAACGCAGUUAGGCUGUCCUGCCAUUUCUACAUUCCACUGCUAGCGAUGUUGGGUCCCAGUCGAGAGUGUGUGCAGUGAUAUCACAGCCACCCUCAGGCUAGCUGGGAGUUUAACGGAGUGAUGCCAGCACAUACACAGAUAUGGGCCUGCAGUGUUUGGUAAUGCUGCAGUCCACUACCAUAAAACCUCCAAAACAAAACUUACUGAUUGGGACUUUAAAGGUUAAAGUAUCUUGACUUUCAUAGCUGUGUGAAUUGCUGUUAAACAAUCUGUUAUUAAAAUUCUUAGAAAAGACAA